CAAUUGAGCUCGUCAACAAACCGAUCAAAGACGCACGGAGCGAUGAACGCGAAGCUCCAGCAAUGGCGACAUCUAUCGAUCCUUUGGGGCGCCGCGACGCCGAGCGGCGCCGUUGCCGUCGCCGCCUCCGUCUCCCGCGCCCUGCACCACGGGCCGGACACCGUUGAAGAGCUCCUGGACAGGCACGUCGCGAAGACGGAGAAGAAGUCCCUGGGCGACGAGGAGGAGGAGCUCCUCGCGCGGCGGCGCCUCACCAGCACGCGGCGGGAGGCGCUGGGCCUGUACCGGGACAUCCUCCGGGCGACGCGGUUCUUCCCGUGGCCCGACGCGCGCGGCGUGCCGUGGCGGGACGUGCUGAGGGAGAACGCGCGGAGGGAGUUCGAGGAGGCGCGGCUCGAGCGGGACCCCGAGGUGGUGACGCGGCUGCUGAUCGGGGGGAGGGACGCGGUGGAGGCGGCCCUCGAGAAGCUCGCCGAGAAGCACCGGCAGCAGAUCGAGAAGGACCGCGGGGACGGGCGGUGAUCGAGCCGAUCGAAUGAUUUUUACUAACGAGGCCCGGCUAACAUCUGAAGAUUUCAAUGAAGUUCUAAAUCAUAGAGAAGUUGCGCGUACGGUAAAAUUGUCAUCGUAUGCGCGCUACUUUUUCUAGUGAGAUCUCGUGCCACACUACCUACUAGCAUCGCACAGGUUCGCGUAGAGUGCAGGGCUGUCAAUGUUCACUUGAGCACGAGCAUGGAGCCUCCGUCUAUGAACGUAUUGAUCGAGGUUGGGCAAUCCCCUCUCGGAGAAGAGUCUCUCUCAAGGCGCAGGAGUCCG